UGAACGAAGGGGAAGCGUCCAAACACUCAGCCCAGAAGGAGGGGAGACAUACCGGAGAUCUAGAGGGUGUUCACAAUGAAGACCUCCAUCGCAGAGAUGUGUUUGAUAUUUUUGAAAGCUGUGCAACCUGCCUCUUAACAAUCUCAAAACAGCACUUGCUGAAAACCCAUCACUAAGAUGCAGUGAGGACUCUGUUGGGAUCUGUUUUCUUUUUCUUUAUUUUUCCUUUUCUUCUCCUUUUUCUUUUUUGGGAAGUGCGGUUCGACGUCGCAGUCACCUGGCGCUCCUGGAUGAGCUGAAAGUGCGAGCUUCAGCACCAGAGCAGCGGACAGCUCCGCGUCUCCUCCGGACCUCCCGCUCUCAAACUCUGCUAAGAUCUCUGCAAAGAUCCGCCGACGGAGAGAUCCGCGACCCACUGUGUGCUCAAUAUGUACCAGGGCCAUUUACAGGGGAAAGACUCUAGGGCUGCAGAUAAGACUGUUGCCAUGGUCCUGAAGGAGAUACCAAGUAAGGCGUCUUCAGAAGGGAAGCCUCUCCUCACAGUGACUACCAAGCUGGUGAGCGAGCAACAAGAAAGCCGGCCUCUGCUAAGCCCUUCCAUCGACGAUUUCCUCUGUGAGACCAAGUGUGAUGGAGUUUCCCGCCCAGUGACUUCCAACACAGCAGUUCUGUCUUCAACACUGGAUCUGCUAGAUCUCAGUGAACCUGGUGAGAAGAAGAAGAAGAGCAAGGACAAACAAAGUCCCCUGUCAUCCAGGGGAGACAACCAGAAGAACAACUUGCAUAAGAAAAAGACUGAUGAGACAGAACUGAUCCAGGUGGAAGUUGAACAAAUGGGACCAAACAUGCGAACCCCAGAGAGGGCAUCACUGGAUUCAGGGACCAUUGGUUCAUUGGAUAAAUGGGAGGAACUGAAUGCCAACCCUGAGAGAAAUGGCAACAGAAAAUGGAAGUUGGAAAGACGGCGUUCGUCAAAAAAUUCAUCCCAUGAGCUUCUGUGGUCAAUUGACUGUAAAGCCCAAUUAGACUCAUCAAAUAAGAACAUAAUGGAAGCAAAUACCAAAGUCGAGCCAGAGUCUGCUCUUGCAUCACAACUCAACAGGCAGUAUAUUAGUGGAAGACAUGCACGCCUAUCAAAGGAGCAACGCUGGGGGAGUGCCCUGCUGUCCAGACAUCAGUCCCUGGAGGAGGAGUUUGAGAGAGCAAAGGCAGCUGUUGAGUCUGAUACCGAGUUCUGGGAUAAGAUGCAGGCGGAGUGGGAAGAGCUGGCACGACGAAACUGGCUGACAGAAAACGAGCAGGCGCAGAUUCCCUCCUCUGUAUCUCCACACGAAAAGGGUUACUACUUCCACACAGAUAACCCUUAUAAGGACUUGCCUAAUGCAUUUGAAGAAGGCCUGAAGAAAUCACGGGAAGGAGAUCUACCAAACGCUGUGCUUCUGUUGGAAGCUGCCGUCUUGCAGGACCCUCACGACUCAGAGGCUUGGCAAGUGUUGGGGACAACACAGGCUGAAAAUGAGAAUGAGCAGGCGGCAAUUGUGUCCCUCCAAAGGUGUUUGGAGCUCCACCCAAAUAAUCUAGUAGCCCUCAUGGCUUUGGCAGUGAGCCUCACCAACACUGGUAUGCGUCAUGAUGCCUGCGAGGCCCUGCUCCGCUGGCUCAGACACAAUCCCAAGUACAAGCACCUGCUGAAGGGCAAGACCCACCUGAUGGGAUCCCCAAACUCUCAACGCAGGAUGUCUUAUGCCACCAACAUGGGCAGGUAUGAAAGCUCGCUGCUGCCGGAGGUCAAGGAGCUCUUCCUGGAAGCAGUUCAGCACAACUCUGACAGCGUUGACCCUGAUCUGCAGACAGGCCUGGGAGUGCUCUACAAUCUCAGCGGAGAGUUCAACAAAGCUGUGGAGGCUUUCAAUACAGCACUGUCAGUUCGGCCUGAGGACUAUUUGCUAUGGAAUCGCCUGGGAGCUACGCUUGCAAACGGGGACCGAAGUGAAGAAGCAGUGGAAGCUUACACACGAGCCCUGGAGUUGCACCCGGGGUUUAUCAGGUCCCGCUACAACCUUGGCAUCAGCUGUAUAAAUCUGGGGGCACACAGAGAGGCAGCCAGGAACUUCCUGACCGCCUUAAGUCUUCAGAGGAAAAGCCAGAGUCGCCAGCAGUCCCAUCAGGUGAUGUCUGGAAACAUCUGGGCAGCUCUGAGGAUAGCAUUAUCCAUGAUGGACCAGCCUGAACUCUUCCAGGCUGCAAACAUUGGCGACCUGGAUCUUCUUAUGCGGGCUUUCAACUUAGAAAUUUGAAGAAAGAGGCAAAGACGAUCUCAACACCCCCAUCACUGAUACGUUCAUUUCUACCCAGGAGCCAUGAGAGCAGAGUGCACACGUCAGAGCUACGCACGCUCAAGACAAUACAGUUUUUAUACACAUCAAAAUUAUCUGCCGUUUUCAAAGCUCUCCGAUUUUUUUGUCCUAGUACCUUGGAGCUGGUUUUUUUUCUUCUUUUUUUUGGGCCGGUUCUUCCAACUGGUUUUUUGAUGAAAUUUGCACUGCAAUUCAUGAUUUCCCUAAAGAGCACAAGGACGGGCAAAGACUGUACAAGCAAUGCCUUAGAGAACACAUCAAUUAAAAACUGACUCAUCCAGUGGAACAGAGCUGAGCCGGGAGAGGCAGCGAGUUUUAAGACAGAGGAUCUCCUCACAAGCCAUUUGCUGCAGAAAUAUGAGGUUUGAGAGAAAAACUAUUGACUGGAGAUGUUUCUCAUGCAAACCCCCCUCAAGCAUGGAUUUAGUGAGCAAAUUUGAAAGGCUGCACCACAUAACAUGCAGCUUCAGAUUCUGUUCCCGGCUUGUUGUCGUCCUCCGUCAAUGGAGAAUUAUGAUACUGCAUGAAUAGGCAUUUUUAAAUGGAUACUGGUUUAAAAUUAAAAUACUUGUAGGUGUUUUCCCUUUGCACUUCAGGCAAAUAGAUGACUUCCUCAAUCCAAGUGAAUGUGCAAGCCAGGUUGUGAAGCCUUACUCAGAUGCAUGCAACCAAUAGUAUUUACUUAUGCUUUUUUUACAGCAACAAAAAGAUCUAAGCCAUUUUCCCACCUGUUUCAAUUUCUCUAUAUACCUACCGUCUUCUGACCUUAAAAAACUGCUGAGCCAUUGAGUUCAGAUUAGUUUUAUUUCUGGGGGGUCUUGGCUCCUAUCUCGACUUUGUUCCCUUUAUAUGGACUGGCUGGACAAAGAGACGCAAUAGCUCGGUAACAUGAUCCGUAAAGCCAUCAUUAGUGUCUUUAAACUUUCUCAUUACAACUGAUGCACACAACGUUUUGUUUUCACUGACCGGUCAUGUCAUUGCAGCAUGACAAAACUGCGUUAAAAGAUGUGUAGUAACAAGCCGAAACCCCAGAAAGAAGCUCGGUGGAUUCCCAAACACAGUCAUUUGUAUCUUUGCUGCGGCUCCACAGGCAGCAAAACUCAUACAUUUAAUUAGAUCAGGUUGCCUCAGCCAUCACGGAUGAUUUAAACAUUUAUGCAAGGUGAGGCACAUCGCGACACACAUUUUAUUUGUUUGUUCCACGUGCACACUGCAAUUUAUGUUGAUAUGCAUCCACAGAAAAUAUGUUUGUAUAAAAUGUGGUAAUUCUCCUACUCAAGACAGAUAUUCUGUCCCACCUCAGAUGCUUUUUCACAAAUGUGCUAUUUAGCUGGCAGAUUCUUUUACAUUGCAAUAUGUAGUUUGAAAGUCACUCUGUGACAUGGACAUCAUGUUCCCUGGCAUGCAACAACAGAAAAUGACAGACAAUCAGGUGGACUGUACAAAUCAGCUCACUUUAGUGUUUAUCAAGCAUGUCCACAGUCAGGGUGUGCGGGAGAGAGUAGGUUUCAUUGUCAGCUCCUCUGCAAAAGGUCAUGUUUCAUGUUGCUGUCAGUUUGUCCCUGUCUGCCUCAGUGGACCAGAGGGAAGUGUUGAUUCUGUAUUUUGAAAGAAUGCUAUCAGGGGAGACCAGAGACCAGUGCGAGACCCAUUCAUCCUCUGGACUGUACAGAUGGGAUGUCAUGGUCUGUGUAGGAAAAAGUGUUUUAUCAGGAACCUGUGAGAGAACAAACGCCAUCCACCUAAAGUGCAGCUUUCACGUUUUAUAAAUCCCUGCCAUUGCAAUGAGUUCACAAAAUUCACUACCCUACAUCUUUGUUUACCCAGCGUACUUUAUUGCAUGUGCAGACUCUGCUCUUUGAGAAGAACUUCCAAACUACAGCGUUUUUCAAACACCUUUUUUUUUUUUGGCAUCCACCGAAUUAAAGAUAAAAAAAAAGAAGAUUUGAAGGUGUGAGGGGCAUAGUGGUAACUACAACCAGAUUGUUAAAAAUAUUUGUCUUCACGGAGAGCCUAAAUAGGACGCACCGAGACACAAAACAUAUAUGAAUGCUGUUAAAAUCCUGCAUCAAAAGGGUCCUGAAAGUGAACUGGCAAAGGCAACGAGGCCAAUGCAGGAGGAAAUUUAAUGAGAGAUUGGAUAAUAAUCGAAGUAGUAAUUUAUAGGUUAUAUCCAGUUGUUCGUGGUAUCUGGUUACCGUAGUUACAUUCCUCAGUUCUGUAAAUACCUCUCUUUUUUGAUUUUGGGUGAAAUAUGUCCUGUUUCCAGGUAAGGUUGUAGAUUUUAGAUCAAAUAUAGAAAGAAUUUUCGUUCUCUGAUGCCAUAUUUGGAGUUUCCUGUAAAUUCCACAUUAAAGGGAGUUUUCCCACUGAAGGCAUUAUUCUUCAACAGCCUAAAAUGUGUAUUUUAAUGUUUAGGGCUUUUCUUUCCUGAGCUAAUGAUAACUCCAUGACACACAUUUAUACGAGACCUGCAUAGUAGCUAAUUUGGCUUUUUAACAAGGAAUAAGCAGCUAUGUAGCACUAAGCCAGUUUUUGACCAAUCUGAGUAGACAAGGUUACUCAAGAUGGGGCUUUUAAACAGAUGCUAAAACAGAGAACUUUACAUUGCAGCUUGGAAAGCUUUUCAUUAAGUCCUCCAAAGAUCUAAUUUUAGGACUGUAUACUGUAUGUCCAGGAUAGAAUGGACCCUUUAAACUGAAGUACCACUAAUGGCCUGUAGGUGCAGCCGCCAGGACCUCUCAUGAGAUGAGAACUUCUCUCAUGAGAUAAAGUCAGCUGAAUUUUGUCACAAGAUGUCGAAAUCCUAUUAACUAAUUUGAAAUAAUUUUCACAUGGGUUAUUGGCGAUCCUUCUGAAUGAAAUUGAAUAAUUAAGUAGGCUUUAUAUCUCAAAGAUUGAUGAUUGAGGGCCUGACUGGCUUGAUUAAAAUGCCAGGACGCCUGUAGGAUUGAUUGACAACCCUGUUGGAAUGGAGACAAGCAGAACAUUUAUUGUCGGUGACCUUGAUUCACAUGCUAAUUAUCAUGAGUCAUGACUAUUUCAUUUGUUUGUGCAGGGAGGUAGAGUCCCCAUCAUGGCUGCAGGUGACUGACUUUUGCAUGUUUUGCAACUGUGCAGUCCCUCAUGAGCAUUUGUUUCUGCUGUUCAUCACAUACAUCAGUCAGGUGUGACGUAUGUGUUCAUGUUUCUGACAUCACAUCAUGUUAGCUGAGCACAUCCACAAGUGUUCUAUUUUGCACAUACAAGGCUAACCUCGCAACCUCUCUCUACUUGCAAUAGUUCCACGAGCAUUUGUUGGGAAAAUGUAACUCUGUUCAGACCUGUAUUUGUCUAAUUUCAAUUAUAAACAGAGACUCUGUUCCCUGUCCAGUCAGCUGUCCCCUGUGUAAACACAACUGUGGAAAACAUGUAGUAGGCUAUGGACAUUUGGGAUUUAGUUAGUCUGGUAACUUCUUAUUUUGGUUUGUUUAUUUAUUUUUGUAAAACCUACGACUGAACCUUCUCAGGUGAACUGCCCGAGCUUAGCGCAUGAUCCAGAGGAACAGUUUGAGGCUGAUUGCAUGUUAGAUUUUCACUUUAUAUAUUUCAAUUUUGUUUGCAUGCAAGUGCUUUUCCCCCACUCCCACUAACAUAAAAAGUAAAUGAGGUUUUCUUGCAAUAUUUCUACAAUACACUACAACCUUUGAAUACAGUGAUAUAUACAUAUAUAAUCAGUAUUUACUCAACAGAAGAUGUUUUUCCCCCCGUCUUUGCUUAGAACAGGUUUUGUGUGUGAGCCUCACGCAGAGGAUUUUAAGAAAUAACACACUUCUUACAAACUUAGAUGAGCUUUAAUAUGGUACUUUUCUAAAAAAAAAAAAAUAGCCAAUCAUAGUCAUAUUCGUAGACAUUUCGGAAAUGGAGUCUCUCCAAAUUGUAAACACACUUUUAACCACUGCAGUGACCCCAACCUAUAAAGCUUUUCAGUUUCCAUUAAAGCUUUCUUUAGUGUUGAAAGUCAUUGUGUUUAGCAAGCAGUCAUGUGGAAAGAAAGCACACCUUCUAUGGUUUUAUGCACUAGAACUUUUUUUAUUUAUUUUAAUUCUCCAGUCCCAAUCUUCAGAACAUCUUAUAUUGCAGUGUCAUUAUUCAAUAAAAACUAAGCCAAAAUGAAGCUGUUACGUGGAAACACUGAAUACUCUCUUACUGCUUCCAUAGAGUGCAAGUGGGACCAGAUGCUGCUGAUCAUGUGCAUUUCAUUAACCGACCAUCAGCAGGCGUGAGCACGUCUAUAAAAACAGACGCUUUAGCAGUUUGCUAGUCUGACACAUUUAGGUGUUAAACACAAGAACGAAAUGAGAGUUGACCAAAAUUCCUUUACAUCAUGAGACACUGAUAUUGUUCAGUAAAUGGCUAACGUUUUGUUGUUGUUGAUUAAAGCUAUUGAAUAAUAGUCUGUACUUAGACAAUUCAUCUCUGCAUCUCAUUUUAUGGCUUAGUUUAACUUGAAACAACAGAACUAAAUGAGAGUGUGCUUGUUUUUUCACAUGACUGCAGAAUCUAUUUGUAAGCAUAUUUUUAUAACCUGUUAAAGAGUAUAUGAAGUGAUGGUUUUAAUGUGGUUUAAUCACUGCCAAGUGAUGUGAUGAAAUUUUGCACACGUUUUUCAUGAUGAAAGCCAGACAGCCGAGAGUAUCAGGUAAAUUCAUCAUGGACAAAAUACAAAAUUUGUCAAAUUGUCAACUACUGUAAAACAUUUCAGACGUUUGCCUUGAAAUUAAAAUAGCAGAAUGAUUUAAAAACAAAAGAAAAGCACAAAAAGGAAGGAUUUUUAGGUAUACGUGACAAUAUAACCGAGAAGAGUUUGUGCACUAUAGGAAUCCAAAAAACAUGAAGCACUUUUCCUUUGUGAAUGUUGUAAUUGUAUAUGGUAUUGUUUUGGUAUUGUUUGAAUUCAGCUGUUUCAUAGGUUGGGGUUCAUAAAGGUUAUUAAUGUGUACAAUUCUUUCUUUUUCUCCUUUAAUUCAGCUUGUAUAAAAAAAAAUCUUUUUCAGGUUAAUUUGUCAUGAAUGAGAAAUAUGAAAAAAUAUUUUGAUGAAUGAAAUUAGAAAUUAUAUACUUCAUAUACAGCCAUUUAUUGAAACAACUACUAUAAUGCAUAUUACUCUCCCUGUAUAAUCACAAGGAACUCAUUAGCACCUUUGAAAUGUACAUUAUGAAACUAAUCUUUUAAA